GGACUAAAUUUCAACAUGUAUCAUGUCAUCUUUUUUGCCUCUUGCAUACAAUAUAUUCUUAUUUAAACAGUGCAGUUGUUUCUCAGUUCCCCUCACGAAAUCUUGAACUUGCUAAUUUCCUCUGCGAGUGUUUUAGUUUUCCACAAUGUACAAUCUCAAAUGGAAAACUCCAUUUCUGCUCACUCUUUUAGCUCUCUCAGCUAUCAUCUCUCUCACAUUCUUCUCAAAAAACCCAAAAACAUCCUCAAACACAGUACAUCAUAUUCAUGUUCACAAAAACAUUCAACUAGCCCAAUCACAUUGUCAAGACACACUUUACCCACAGCUCUGUGUUUCCACUCUCUCCGUAAUCCCAGAUCUCGCACAAAAAUCCAUUUCCCAAAUCAUUUCUUCCACUAUAAAUGUCACAGUUGCUGAAGUCAAAGCCUCCGCUAAAAACUGCACUGAAAUUCGUGAAGAUUUGCCUGAACUUGAGCCAUAUGAAAAACGCGCUCUCGAAGACUGUGUUCAGUUAUUGGAUAACACUAUUAUUGAGCUUAAAACAACUCUCUCUGAUCUCUCCAAAAAGAAAUCUCGUACACAGAACUAUAAUGAUUUACAAACACUUCUUAGUGCUGCAAUGACAAAUCAGGCCACGUGCCUCGAUGGCCUUGCUCGUAGUAAAAAGAAUUUAAGACGUUACGUGCAACAAAGCCUGCAUACAAUUGCUCGCCAUGUUAGUAAUUGUCUAGCAAUGCUGAACAAAAUGAAAACAUCAUCAUCAUCUUCUUCUUCUUCGACGAAAUCUCAGGACAUUUUUCCUGAAUAUGGGGCCGUAAAGAACGGCUUCCCUAAAUGGAUUAAGAGGAGAGAUAGAGCUCUUUUACAAGCUCCAUUAAAUGAGACGAAAAUUGAUUUAGUGGUGGCUAAGGAUGGUAGUGGUAAUUUUAGUACAAUUAACGAGGCAUUAAGUGUAGCUCCGAAUUCAAGUAACACCAGAUUUGUGAUUUACAUUAAGGAAGGAGCGUAUUAUGAAUAUAUUGAAGUAGUGAGGAAAAAGAGCAUGAUUAUGUUUCUUGGAGAUGGGCUUGGAAAAACGCUGAUAAAGGGAAAUCGUAGCGUUGUUGAUGGAUGGACUACUUUCCGAUCUGCUACAGUUGCCGUGGUGGGAACUGGAUUUUUAGCAAAGGGAAUCACAUUUGAAAACUAUGCUGGACCAAGCAAGCACCAAGCAGUUGCAGUUAGAAGUGGCUCAGAUCUCUCAGCCUUCUACCAGUGCAGCUUUGUGGCAUAUCAAGACACCCUCUACGUUCAUUCCCUUCGACAAUUUUAUCGCGAUUGUGAUGUUUAUGGUACUGUAGACUUCAUUUUUGGUAACGCGGCAGUUGUGUUACAGAACUGCAACUUAUAUGCUCGUAAACCAAACGAGAAACAAAAGAACAUAUUCACAGCCCAAGGAAGAGAAGAUCCUAACCAGAACACCGGGAUUUCAAUCUUAGGUGGCAAGAUUGCAUCAGCUGCUGAUCUAAUUCCAGUAGAAUCGUCAUUCAAAAAUUACCUAGGACGACCCUGGAAAGAAUACUCGAGAACGGUUAUUAUGCUAGCACAUAUUGGUAGCUUGAUUGAUCCUGCUGGAUUUUUAGAAUGGAAUGGUACAUUUGCAUUGAGUACACUUUACUAUGGUGAGUAUAUGAACAGAGGACCAGGUUCAAAUACUAGUGCCAGAGUGAAUUGGCCUGGUUACAGGGUGAUUAACAAUUCUACUGAGGCCAGUCAAUUUACUGUGGGGAAGUUCAUUGAAGGAAAAGAAUGGCUACCAGAUACAGGUUUUCCAUUUUACCUUAAUUUAACUGCCUCUUAAUUGUUUGGAUUAGAAACCUUGAGGUAUUUAGUUCCUUAAUCUGAGGAAAUUGAUAUCAAGAUUGUAGCUAGUAAUUCUUGAGGAAGUUAAUGUUAUUUGUAUCACUGCUUAUUAUAUAUGAAAAAAUUGGGUUGAAAUCCGACA